AUGAAUAUUCCUGGGUACUAUUAUGAUCCGGUAAAAAAAAGGUAUUUCAGGCAGCAGGGCCAGCCCAAGGCGUCUCCUGCCGUUGAUCUGGGGCGACCGGCCCUCGAAAAGGAGGCUCCAGAGACCCGCGACGAGAAAAAACCGGAGUUUGCCGACGUGAAGACGUUUCGGCCAGAAAUAUUGUACGAUCUGCUCGUGAGCCCCAAGUGUCUCUCAACUGGCCAGUUUCUGCAGCUGCUGGACUACCUGCGCAAGGGAGAGUUUGAGUGUGGCGACUUUGAUCUUGAACUGGCGCGCUCGCUCUACACCAAGACCCAAAUGCAGUGCUUGCUGUUCCGGCAAAUAGCGCGUCCUCCCGUCGACUUGGGGCAGUUCUUGUGGGCCGCCGAAUGUCGCGGGACGCUUUUUGUGGCCACUCGGCUUUAUCUGGUGGCUGUGAAGGUGAAAUCUCUAGAAUUGGCCGAGAACUCGUUCUGGGUUCCGAAACGCAAUGUCCCGGAGCCGCAGGAGACGAUGUUGGAGGUCCAGAGCGUGGGUCACUAUAGCACAAUUGCGCUCGGCUGGAACGUUAACGUGAUUGACGGAGACCCCAUCAGAAUCCGAGUUUUUAAUCAAGGCGGAAUCAAGGAAGUCGAGUUUGGCGAUACCUUUGAAAACCUUCGGCACGUCCAGGACGCGAGAAACGUUGCGUGUAUGAAGUGGAUGGAUUCCGAGACCGGGAUUGUGGGAUUUGAGCGGAAACUACAGGGCCACGGCCGUUUGAGCUGGUUGCACAAGAAAAUCAGCUCGUUGCCCGUCAGCAUCGGUAUCACCGUGUACGAAGACCAGCUGAUGGUAGCCAUUGGGUACAUGAACGGGACUCUUGAGAUUUAUCGGGACAGAGAAGAGAUUAUCCACCAUGCGUACGGAGCCAAUAUCCGCAAGGUGCAGUUUUUGCACGUUGACAAUCGACUGUAUUUGCUAGUGAGCGGUCUGGCAAACAAGCUCGUAUUGUUCGCGGUCGACGACGACCCACGACAGCUGUUUCCGCUAGUUGAGUACAAGGAGUACGAGCACAGCUUCUCAACGCAAGAGAACUUCUACGUGCACCACAGCCAGCGGUUUUUUGCGGUCUACACGGACAAAAACAAGAAUAUCAAGGUAUACUCCAUCUUCAACGCAUGGCCGCUACGAGAGGUUGACCAUAUGCCGCUGUCGAGCGGCGGAGAUCGGUUUAUUUUCGUUGGCGACUCGAUCGUCUCUCUGCAAAACGGUAGCCUUGAUAUUUUCAGCUGA